CUAGAAUCUAGAGUAAUUUCAGCCAAACUCACUUGGAUAGAGAGAGGAAGAAAGGAGGAGAUAUUUCUGGCGGCUCUACCGGCGACAUCGCCGGCGAGUCCGCCGGAGGAUCUUUUUCAUUAUCAUUUUCGAUCUCAUUAUUUUCUGGGCUAUUUACGGGUAUCGGGGGUGAACAUCAAGGAAAUGGGUGAUUUAGCCGGAGUCGAAGGGCGGAUUUCAUUUUGGUCAUGUGAAGGAUCUUUUGUAAGACUCCAAGGUGGAGAUGGACUACAGGGGAGCGACGAACAAGGAUUUGUCAUAUGUUUCAAGGCAAUAUUCGACGGCGAUCGGGUCUUGGCGACGGAUUGAAGGAUUGGAGACCUCCGGCAAUCCGCGAUGUUAGAUGACCAGGGGUCCAAGAUGGGGCUAGGAACUGGUCAAGAUGGGGUUCACAACCAACAGCAUCUUCACAGGGUACGACCUCCUGGAGAAAGGUUUCAGGGGAUUGGCAGUGCGGCCAUGGUUCAUUGGCUUAAGGCGACUCUUCUUUGGUUCAGUAUGCCGGAGAAGAAGGUGUCAUCACAUAAUUUAAUGGCCACCAGAUGAACGAAUAGGGACUACGACCGUCGAUAGAGGUGAAGUCCGGGGUACCUUUCGUCUUCAGCAAUCAGCACCGGCCAGGCGGCCACCAGGAGAGCCGGGGAACGACUUGCGACUGGGAAUCUUCUACGGAAUAGCGGGGGGCCGGGACAGCAAGGGGCGGCCCACCUACUUUUAGGUUUCAGCAUCUUGUGCACUACAGUUUUUGUACAUUGCCAGCCUGGGGACCUAUUUCCCCUUUUCUGAAUUAUUGUAUACUGCCACAAGACCCGGUUCACAGGGCAGUUGAGCAGCAGGCUUUUGGGUGACGACCGAAUGCUGUUUGGACUUUGGGAAUUUGGGUUGUCCCUGUUAGAAUUUGUUGUUUUAAUCUCCGUAUGUGGCAUGGGCUUUUUCGAUUACAAUUAUUUGCUCUUCCAGUCUUUCUUUGGGUAAGACCUAGUCCCCCAUCUUUUACUUCACUUCUAGUUUCAUCAAUAAAUUUUUAAUUCAAAAAAAUGAAUUUUUUUACAAAAAAAAAGAGUAAUUUCAGCCAAUAAGAAAAGUAACUUCAAGUUUACUUUUUCUUUUUAUUAUUAUUACAUAAUUCAGCAUGCGAAACCAACAAUUAUGUGUUUGGUUAAAAAAAUGUCUGAUAAUGCUGAAAAACAGAAUCACCAAACGCGCUCUUAGAGGAGGAGAAGUCUAGGUCCUGUCUUACCUCAAAUUUAAAAAAUGAUUUAAUUUUUAAUGGAAAUAAUUCAGUAUAAUUUGUUUUUGAAAAUGUUAUUUGUACUAAUCUAGUGCCCUGACUUCGCCCCUGAUUAGAGUGUUAGUUUUAGUAAAUCACAUUACAUGUAUAAUUACAAAGUGUUAUUUGUGGCUUGCUAGUCUUUCCCUCCAAAAUUUUUACUUGAAAUUUGAUUGGACGCAGUUAUUGAGAAAUAAAAUUUAUUGAGUUGAAGAUAGCUUCAUUGUAAUCAAGUUGAAGCUAAUAACACAAAUAAUCAAGUUGGGGCCCACCAUUUCAGGUUGAAGCUAAAGUUUGUUAUUUACACCUUUGCUCGAUGAAGUGAUCCAAAGGAAGACGUAUGAUAGAGUAUAGGGGCCCAGACCCCGUGACCCACAUACUCAAGAGGAUCAAACGCGGAAGACUGACACCCACCCGGCACUCCGUCGGUCAGAUGGCACUCCAUCGCCCAGGACUAAAGAUACUCAGAAUAUAGCUCGGAGGCCCAGGAGCGAAAUGGGUCCUCCGUCGGCCAGAAAUACUCUGACAAAAUUGCUUCAACUUUAAAAAAGUGAUUUUUUAAAGUGAUUUUGGAAAAGUGAUUAAUAGUAAAAGUUGGUAGUGUUUGAGAAAAAAGUGAUUCUGAAAAAGUAAAAGUUAGUAGUGUUUGGUAAAAUAAGUACUUUUUGUGUAAUAGAAAAAAUGAGAAGCAGUUUAAAGCACCCUUCUACCUGCUUCCAGCUUUUAGCUUUUAAGUGAUUAAUUUAAGCAGAAGCUGUCAUUUGAAAACACUUUUUUCAACUUUUUUAAGCCAAAAGCUGAAAAACGCUUUUUUUAAGCAACCCCAACCACUCCUUAUAUUUCCCACUUUGGUCUCCGAAUCGAUUUAGCUUCGGUCUCGAUUUUCAUUUACUUUUAUAUAUUUGAACCCUCUAUCCCCUUACCCACUUCUUUUUCAGCUUUUGAAGGAAUAAUUAUUGAUGACAUAAAUAAAAGUAAUUUAAGGUGCAUUGUAUAAGUGAAAUUCGGGCCUUCAUUCGAGUAUUUUUGCCGAAAAUUUGAAUAUUAUAUACGGUUGAAAAUUUUAUGUAUAGUUAAAUAUUUAAUAUGUUUCGUUUAAGAGUCAAAAUAUCAAAAUGUAACAUAAUCAAUAAUUAUGAUCAAUGGACGAUACAAUUUAGUGUCGAAGAUGAUUAGUAGUAAAGCUUGAGUAGUAGUUGUGUUGAGUUCUUGAUUAUGAUCGAUGCACAUUUCCCA